AAGCCAAGUACCCAACCCAGAUCGAGCAACAACAACUGCGCCAAAGGCGAAGCGAGCAAAAGGCAGAGAGCCCGUGAGCGCGCACACACGAACACGCGGACGCUCCCGACGCCGACCCCUAUAAAUACCGCCCACUAUUCUCCGCCCGCCUCGCCCUCUCCCCUCCCUCCCCCAUUUCGGCAGCCAGAACUCCCUCCACGCGCGCCGCCGCCGCCGCCGCAUCGCUGCCGCGCCAAUGCGCCGCCCCUCGCCGCCGCCCGCAGCCGGGGGCGAGAUCCAGGCCCUGGCAGUGGCGCCCGCCUCCGCUGCGGGCUCCUCCUCCUCCACCACCACCACCGGCGGCGGCGGCUCCUUCACGGCGCUCCUGGGGCUCCCGAUGUCCCAGGCCAUGGAGCUCCUGCUCCCGCCGUCCGCUCCGCCGCCUCCCACCUUCCCGUCCGACCCCAGCCUCGUCGACCGCGCCGCGCGCUUCUCCGCCUUCGCGUCCUCUAAUUCCCCGUCCCCCACCCCUCCUCCCCCUCCCCCCGCCGCCAAGCGCAAGGCCGACCACGCCGCCGACCGCGCCUCCAAGGGGAAGAAGGGGAAGACGACGGCCGGCGGCAGCGACGAGAAGGACGCGGGCGGCGGCGAGGAUGAGAAGCCGGCGUACGUGCACGUCAGGGCCAGGAGGGGCCAGGCCACGGAUAGCCAUAGCCUCGCCGAGCGGGCGAGACGCGAGAAGAUAAAUGCGAGGAUGGAGCUGCUCAAGGAGCUGGUCCCCGGAUGCAGCAAGGUAUCAGGAACAGCGCUGGUACUGGAUGAGAUCAUCAAUCAUGUUCAAUCUCUUCAAAGACAAGUUGAGUACUUAUCAAUGAGACUAGCAGCAGUAAACCCGAGGGUUGACUUCGGUGGGCUUGACAGCUUUUUGACUUCCGAGUGUGGAAGAAUAACAGGUUUGAACUGUAAGAGUGGAAUGGACUUGGAGCAGGUCACCUGGCCUGACAUGGGCGUCCAUGGAGCAAGGCAUCUUAUGCAACUACAACAACAGUUUUGGCAUGGUGAUUUAGCACAUCCACACCAACCGCCAUCACAGUGGGAAAAGCGGGGGGAUGUUAAUCCUCCUGUCUUUAGCCACUCCAGUUCCUCCCUCUUUGGCUAUGAUCUCGCAAGCUCUGGUCAACAGCAACCUCAGCCAAACAAGCUAAAGACAGAGCUGUAAGCUGCAGUGGUAGAUUGCAACUUGCAGGUCAGGAGAGUGAGACAAACAAGAGCUGUGGGCGACGUCGGCAGAAUGCAUUCUGGGGCAAGCAAAGCAAGACAUGAUUUUUGGGCGCCAAAUCGCCGAUGAUAACGUCAGGUGCGGUGCAGGGACUCUGUUUCAACGGCAGCAUUUUGAGGUGAUGUACAUAUAGAGAUAGGGAGAUACUGUUGGAGCUGUGGAGCUGAGCUGAAGGGGGGCAUCAGGUUUUCUUUCCUGCUGCUAUCUUUGUAGACUGCAGUUUCUGGUCCUUUGCUAAUGUAUUCUCGGCGUAUUGCCUUCUGAGUUCUGACUAUGAUGGUUGCUUAAUCUUGAUGGAUAUGGGCAGCAUUGUCUGAUGAACAAGGCCUUGUUUUUUAUUUACC